UUUAGUAUUCACUGUACAACAGAUUCUGCAGCAUCUGGCUGUACUUCGCACAUAUUCUAGAAUUACUUCUGAUUCGAGGGAAAAUAAACUAUCUUCAAAUCGAAUUACCAGAGAAGAGCAAUCUAAAAAUAACAAAUUCUGAAUAAGAGAGACACUGCAACGCUCCUACAGUGAAACACUAAUGUUUCAAUUUGGAAUACAAUUUCUCUGAGAACUAAGAUUCUAAUUUGAUCACGAAAUAAAUCUUCAGACAACAUAUUGCAUUUCUUCUCAAGAAUGGUUCUGCUGUUCGAGUCAGUAACACUCAGUAUCAUAGCUAUUUUUACAGCUGCCUUUACUGGCGUCUACCUUUAUUUCACUAGAAAUUUCAACUUCUGGAAGAAACGUGGUAUCCCUUACUUAAAACCCACGCCAUUUGUGGGCAAUCUCAAGGAACUGGUGUUCCAAAAGAUCGGUAUAGGGCACCAUCUCCAGAAGAUCUAUGAUGAAUACAAGGACGUACCCUAUGUUGGUUUAUUCUCAUUCGAUCAGCCGAGUUUGCUGAUCCGUGAUUUGGAACUUGUAAAGAAUAUUCUGGUGAAGGACUCACAAAACUUCGCCGAUCGCGUCAUCACUUUUAACGAAGUGGUAGACCCCUUAUUUGGGAAAACAAUGUUCACACUGAAGGGGCAACGCUGGCGCCAUAUCAGAGUAAACUUGACUCCCGUUUUUACGUCGGGUAAGAUGAAGAAGAUGUUCUACUUGGUGAAGAAAUGCGCCGAGGAACUUGAUGAUUAUCUCGACAGAGCCACCGCUAACGGAUCCUCCGUGGAGGUGAAAGAGGCGAUGGCCAGGUUCACAACCGACGUGAUAGCGUCAUGUGCCUUCGGCAUUGACAGCAAUUCGCUCAAGAACCCCGACGCCGAGUUUAGGUACCACUUACGGAAUGUAUUCGGCUCAUCAGUUAUGAAGGAAUUUUCCAUACUGAUGGCGUUCUUUCCGUCGUCUCUCCCGAAACUGUUCAGGCCGAAGUACGUGGAUAACUCGACUUCCGAUUUUAUUAGAAGAACGGUGUGGAGUACUGUGGAGUACAGGGAGAAACAUGGGAUGGACCGAAAGGACUUUUUGGAUAGCAUGAUUGAAUUGAGAAAUAGGGGCAAGCACAUUACACAAACUGACUCUCCAGAAAAUGGUCAGAAGGACUCUCCGAAAUUCAAAAUUGAUGGCGAUGACUUUGUGGCUCAAGCAUUCGCAUUUCUGGCUGCGGGCUUCGAGACGUCGGCUACGACAAUGAGCUUCGCACUGUUCGAGCUUGCACUGCAACCACGCAUUCAGCGCAGGCUGAGGACGGAGAUAGCCCAGGUGCUGCGCAAACACAGCGGAGAACUGACGUAUGACGGGAUGCAGGAGAUGUCGUACCUCGAUAUGGUGGUCUCUGAAAUAUUGCGGAAGUAUCCGGUGCUCCCAUUUCUGGACCGGAAGUGCGUCCGUGAUUACGAACUUCCAGACCCUUCCGGAAAGAGAACAGUGAUCCUACCAGCCGGAACUGGAGUAUAUAUUCCAGUAAUGGCUAUCCAGCAUGACCCUAAGUACUACCCAGAACCUGAAAAGUUCGACCCGGAACGUUUCACAGACGAGAAGAAACAGAGUCGACCGAACUACACAUAUUUUCCGUUUGGAGAGGGCCCAAGAGUAUGCAUAGGAUUGCGAUUUGGGUUGAUGCAGGUCAAGGCAGGACUGAUCCAAAUCCUGUCCCGCUAUGAGGUAGCUCCUUGCAAGGACACGCCUGUGUCCAUCACGUUCGAUCCGAGGACUUUCCUGUUGUCUGCAAUAGGCGAGAUACCCCUGUCUUUCAACAGACGCAGGUCUGAAGACACAUCGGGCUAGAGCACGUACGCAUUCAUAAGUAAAUCUGCAGGAAGACAAGCAGCUAAUUGGAAAAAAAAAAAUGAAGAUAGAUAUGCAAAUUGUGUGUAACAUGUAGCAUUGCGUAAAUUUUUAAUAUUAGGUUUUCCAGGCCGAAUUAUGGAACUCACAUUUUCAGUAUAAUUUCUAAGGCUUAAUUAAUCAGUCACAAAGCAAUUCGAAUUACUGUAAGCUGUUGCAUAAGCCUGUUAUACAGCCACAGAAAUACAGUGUAAAAGAAAACAACUCAGAAAUGUAAGGAAAAUACGUACACAACACGUGAAGAAGACGCACGAGUUCAUAAUAACACGGAAUCUAACAAGAUAUGGUAAUUACCGAUUAAUCGAAUUAACCAAAAGUUUAACGUUAGAGAUAUGAUUGUCAAACAUACUGACGUUGAUACGUAUUUCACUCGCAGCUAAGACACCGUGAACACGGACAUUUAUGAAGUGAAAACUACAAAAUUAUCUGUUUCUCGCCGGAACUCUUUGCUUUCAAAAGCAAACGAUAAGAAAUUAAACCGUUGUAUACGUCCCUUAUAACUAAUGCCCCAAAAUAACUAUUUUGAUUGGUAAGAACAGACAUACACAAGUAUGAAUUACAUUAGUUUCUGUUACAUAUGCAGAAUUUGAACAGCCGUUCACAGGACCUGAACCAGUUUGAGUUGCCAAGAAAGCAGUCAGGAACCAGACGAACAGAAAUCACACAAAAAAAUAAAAUGCAUUGAGAAUCCGUAACUGGACUCAGACAAAGGGACUUAUGCCAGGGCCCUCUGCCAGAAGAUCGAAGUAUGUAUAAAAUUAAACAGAAACCAAUUAAGGUAGGUGGUAGGACUACUUACAGGACACUGCCACAUUAAAGGACACCUUCUCAAACUGGGAUUGACAGAUGAUCCAACUUGUGAAAGGUACUUAGAAGAUGAAUCAGCCACACAUAUCCUAUAUGGUUGUGAAGCCAUAACUUAUUUAAUAUUUCGUCACCUGGGUCACUAUGAAGCCCCCAUAAACAAAUUCCCACAUUUCUUUCGAAAUGUAGGAUUGAUAAAGGGUUAAUCAAUGGGGAAGACCAAUAGAUCAUUGAAGGUCGUAGUGCAAGGGCUGGGUUAUUAUGGUCCACCCUUCACACAUUCAUUUUUUCAUUAAUUUAUAUAGGAAUGUUUUAUAUAUUUAGAGGUAAUUGGGUAGCAGUUAUACUUGGUUGAUGUACUAACUUAUGGUGUCAGAAACUGUCACAUGUGCUUCAGGUGUUGAAGACUAGUAACACCUGAUGACUCAGAGUCUCAUUUGGUAUAGGCUGAAAAUGGAAUACCAAUACAUGUGCCUGUAUAUUCAGACUGCAACAAAAGUACGGACAUAAAGACAGCGCACAGCAGAGUAAUGUGCAGAGAUACUGUACAUACAGCAGAGUAAUGUGUAGAGACAUACAUCAGAGUAAUGUGUAGAGACAUACAUCAGAGUAAUGUGCAGAGAUACUGUACAUACAGAGGAGUAAUGUGUAGAGACAUACAGCAGAGUACUGUGCAGAGAUACUGUACAUACAGCAGAGUAAUGUGUAGAGACAUACAGCAGAGUAAUGUGCAGAGCUACUGUACAUACAGCAAAGUAAUGUGCAGAGAUACUGUACAUAGAGCAGAGUGGGGUGCAGAUGUACAUAGAGCAGAGUAAUGUGUAGAGACAUACAGCAGAGUAAUGUGCAGAGCUACUGUACAUACAGCAAAGUAAUGUGCAGAGAUACUGUACAUAGAGCAGAGUGGGGUGCAGAUGUACAUACAGCAGGGUAAUGUGCAGAGAUACUGUACAUACAGCAGAGUAAUGUGUAGAGACAUACAGCAGA